UUGACUGUUGGCUUGGGCUCCUUUUUAUUCUCCGCGUGCAGCUACUUGACUUGCUGCAUUGUUGGCUUGUUUAACGGAGUGACUAGAACGCCGGAUGCACUCUGGCUCUAGAGCAGCAGCAAUGCAAUCCUGGUGCAGGCAUCUUUGAGAAUCCAGGGCUGGUAGCAUCCCAGAACCAAGAUGGAGAAACUUUGUGACUGUUGCAAGAGAUAUGCAGACCAUUUGGAUGAAAAGAUGAAGUGUUUCCGCAGGCACAUGGGUGCUGAUUUUAGACAUGGCAUGAUCAUACCAAAGAAGUUCAUAGAUAAUUUCGGAGGAAAGAUCUCAAGAACCAUUGAACUAGAAUCUUCUAAUGGUAAUAUGUAUGUCUUUGAAGUUUCCAAGCAUAUGGGUAAUACAGUCAUCCACCGUGGAUGGCAGGCAUUUAUAGAUGAACAUCACAUAGAAGAGAAUGAUUCAUUGCUGUUUCGUCACAUUGAGAAAUCCCGUUUUGAGGUUCUGGUCCUUGAUUCUGAUGAUUGUGAAAAGGUGUUCUUCUGCCCUGGUAUCAACAUUGUUAGUAAUGUUGAAGAAAGAGGUGCGGAUUCUGUUAAUAUUUCAAAUAGCUCCCGUGAUUAUGCCACAAGAUCACCAGGAAGCAAAAGGUUUGCUACGCAAGGAAGGGGUAACUCAAGCUAUCCUAGAAAAGCGGCGAAGACAGCCUUAAAUUACUCCUCACCUGAGGAUUCAGAAGAAGACCCUGAGAACGAAAAUACUGACACAAUAUACUCCUCAUCUCAGGAUUUAGGAGAAGACACUGAGCCUGCAAAUACAGACAUAGAAUACUCCUCAUCUGGGGAUUCAGGAGAAGGCACCGAGGACAUUCCUUCUGAAUACGAAUCAUCUUUUGAGCUAGAUGAUGGCCACACACCUUCAGGGCAUGAUUAUGUCUUAGCUCGGGGAAGUACUCUAUCCGGAGUACAGGAUGAGAAAGUAACUACGCUUAUCCAGGAUGUUGGAGCUGAAGUUCCUGUGUUCGUGGCUGUCAUGAAGCCGAGCUAUGUCAAGUCACAAACUUCUGCUCUUGUCAUUCCCAAAGGCUAUGCAGUUGAACACUUCCCACCUAAGAGUCAAACUGUGAUACUGCAGCGCCCAGGCAAGAGCAAGAAGUGGCAUCCCAGAUUUCACAUUAGGAAAGAUAAACACGGAUCCAUCCUUUGUGGGCCUGGUUGGUUAGACUUUGUUCGCGACACUCGAGUACAGGUGGGAGAUAUCUGCAUCUUUGAAAGAAUGAAGAAGGGCAAUGGGAGAACAUUCUCAUCACUUAGAGUACAUCUACUUCGCGAAUCAAUGCUACAUUCCAGUGCAAGCGGAACUGGUCCUAAAAGAGUAAGCUCAACUCAUGGCAAAACAAGGGUUAAUUCAGCUACCCCUAAAAGAGCACGCAUAACUGGUGGUAGAACCAGGGCAAAGGCAACUUCGACAACCUGUGUUAGGAAGGAACCAGGAGGAAAUGCGCCUUCUUCGGUUCGCAGCCAUGGUCACGAAGCACGUCAGGGGCCUGUCGAGUCUAAUAAAUCCAGAGGGCCUCGGAAACGUCCCUACAUAAUAUCAUCCACUGCAUGUCUGACCAGGGAACAGGAGAUGAAUGUCGACAAGAGAGCUCGCUCCCUUCAGUCCGAUGUUCCCAUUUAUGCAUCAGUAAUGAACAAGAGCAGUGUUGGUGACAACAGCCUGUACGCCGUAACUAUUUGCAGGAAGUAUGCUGCUGAGUAUCUACCAGCUGGAGCGCAGACUGUGACACUCCUGAGGGCAGAGAAGAGCAAGACAUGGGAAGUCAAGGUGAACCCUAGGAUUGGCGACGCGAAGAUGCUCAGGGGAGGUUGGCGCGAGUUUGCCCAUGACAACCAUCUGAAACUCAAAGACAUAUGUCUGUUCCAGCUGAUGACGGACCAGAGGAAGCUUACGAUGAUGGUCGACAUCAUUCGUCACAAUGAGAAGCGUUAGUUUUAACUUUCCAUCACAUGAGAAUGAAUCUCUGAUGGCUAUUCUGCUGGUAUUUUGUGUGUGCUUUUGGUAGUUCUGUAAUCUGUAAACUCUGUGGUGGUGUGGCUACUUUCCAAACUAAGGGAGAAACCUAUGUUUAUGUUGCGGAAUUAUUCAAGAGGCCUUCUGGUA